AUGUCUGAGACCGCGCCGCCGGUUCUCGCAGCUUCCCCUCCCCCUGAGAAACCUUCGGCUGCAAAAAAGAUGAAGAAGCCUGCGAAGGUUCCCGUAGCUGCCAAGAAAAGGCCCGCGGGCCCUCCGGUGUCUGAGAUGAUCGUGCAAGCCGUCUCCUUCUCCAAGGAACGCAGCGGGGUGUCGCUGGCUGCGCUCAAGAAGGCGCUGGCGGCCGCUGUCUACGACGUGGAGAAGAACAGCCGCAUGAAGCUGGGCCUCAAGAGCCUUGUGAGCAAGGGUACCCUGGUGCAGACCAAGGGCACCGGCGCCUCGAGCUCUUUCAAAGCCAAUAAGAUAAGUACCCCCAUUGAAACUAAACCCAAUACCACAGAAGUGGAGUCAAAACGCAAGGUAAUCGCUAAAAAAGCCUCUGUGGCUGCUUCUAAGAAAAGUGUCAAGUCUUUGAUAACUGCCAAAAGGCCAUCCGUGGCAAAGAAGCCCAAGGUUGUGAAGCCUAAGAAAGUAGUAAAGAGCCCUCCCGAAACAAAGGCUGUGAAGCCCAAAGCGACCAAGACAAAGGUGACGAAGCCCAAGACGGCCAAGCGCAGGAAGGUGGUGCCCAAGAAGAAGUAAGAGGUCCGUCCGGUUGGAAACUUUCUCCAGUAACCCAACGGCUCUUAAGAGCCACCAACGUAUUUUAAGGGAAGAGCUCUAGCACGCAAGUCUCUGUGCCAUUGUUAGUUUCAGCCCUCAACAAUUGUAAUAGUGUGCUCUCAGCCCAAUCUGCUGAACAUGAGGAUCAUACUAAAUUACUUAACUGUUCCUGAAAGGAAAGGAGCGACACACAACAGCAAU